AUGCUCUCACGUGUUGCUGCAGUGAAGGCACCCCGCACACACAACCGUCGCCGCGUGACCGGAUCCAGCGAAAGGAGGAGGGAAGGAAGAGAGAGUGAGCCGCAGAGGCCCAACAUGUCCCGGCAUCUCUUCUGCUCUGCGGUGCUCCUUCUCCUCGUCGUGAUGAUGUGCGACACUGGAAGAGCUGCGCAAGCUGAUGAGCCAACGUCAGAUCAGGGAUCUUCACUGGGAAAACAUUUUGUUUGGAGAGAUAAGAAAGAAGAAGAAACAGUGAGUUUGCUCUAUGCUCCCAGUCUAGUUGAGGUGAAUGGUAAAGUGUUUGCCGUUGCCGAGGCGCUGUGCAAGAAGAAGAAUGAAGUUGGAGGAAACUAUUACUUUACUGAGAUUGCCUCGGAGCUCCUUGAGUUGAGUGGUGAAAACCCAAAAAUGUUGGGUGGACGUAAUUUGAGGACAAAGGCACUGGAGAAAUGUUCUUCCGAAGAAGGCAAAUGCCCCUCUCAGUCAACGAAUCGCGCUGGUUCCCAAAAUUUCCACAGAGUACAUGUGAGCCUGCCAACAACAGUUGUGAAGGGAAGUGAUAUUUACAUGCUUGUUGGAACUUACAUCAGGGAAAAUGUCGCUGUUUGUCAGGGUGGGGCUGGCGCGGAUUCAUGGGGUCUUUUGCUGGUAAAGGGGAAUGUCAGUGAAGAACAGGACAAAGGAAUUGUUUGGGAAGAUACUGACGGUCUCCCGUGCACUUCGUUUGUAGAACUUUACGAAUCCUGGCCACAGCUCAUUGGAAGCGGUGGAUCGGGUAUUAAGAUGGAUGACGAUACGCUUGUGUUCCCGUUGGAAGCCGUGAAGGAGGACGGCACUGAAAGUGAAGAAGAGAAAAGAAAGAAUAACAACGUUUCUCUGAUCUUAUACUCCUCCAAGGAUACUAAGAAUUGGACGCUGUCGAAGGGGAUGUCUGCCUAUGGCUGCAGUGAUCCCUCCGUCGUGGAGCGGGAGAAGGGAAAACUCAUGAUGAUGACUGCGUGUGAUGAUGGCCGCCGCAGGGUGUACGAGUCCGAUGACAAGGGGGAGUCGUGGACGGAGGUGCUCGGGACACUCUCGCGCGUGUGGGGCAACAACCAAAAGCGACAUGAGAAGGGCGUUAGAAGCGGGUUCAUCACAGCGACGAUUGACGGUGUUGAAGAUAACAGAAAUGUGAUGCUUGUCACUCUGCCGGUGUAUUCCGAGGGGGACAGUAAAAAAGACAAUGGAAAGGGUGAACUCCAUCUUUGGCUGACGGACAAUACGCACAUUGUUGGUAUUGGGCCGGUAUCCGAUGAUGACGCUGCCGCCAGCUCCCUGCUGUACAAAAGUGGAACUAAUAAUAAUAAUAAGGAUGAGUUGAUUGCGCUGUACGAGAAGAAGAAGGACGAUGGGUACAGUCAAUCAUCCGGUGUGGUCUCCGUGGUUCUGACUGAGCAGCUGCAGCGUGUGAAGGAUGUGCUGGCGGCCUGGAAGAAAGUGGACGAACGUGUCUCCAAGCUGUGCACUCCUUCAAAUACUGAGAAGGAUCGUCCAACUAGCACUGCUUGCAGCACU